CUUUAAACUUAUUUAUUUAUUUAAUUUUAUUUAUUUUUAUAUUAUUUAUUUAUUUAUUUAUAAAAAAAAAAAAAAAAAAUAUUAACAUAAUAUUAUCAUUACUAAAAUUAUAAAGUAAUUCAGUUCAUAUUUAUUAUAAAACUAUUAAAAUCCCAUAUAAUUCAAAAAUGAAACUUGCCAGCUUUAAUGUAUUUAAGAAACAACCAAAGAAAUCCGAUCAAGCUCAUUUAUGUGCAUUAGCCGAAAGUAGAUUCAAGGUUGAUCAAUUCACAAACACAAAUAGUUUUACCAAAGGUAAAGUUUUACAACCAAGAGUACUUGCAAUUUGUGAAGAUUCUAUUAAAAUCAUUGCCCAUGACGAAAGUGAAAUCUUUGAAGAAAUUGCUUGGUUACAAAUUCAACAAUUUAACUUAAAAGACAAUUGGACUGAAUGGGAAAUCGUUCUCAAAGAUAAAAGAAAGUUCUUCUUUAAAUGCGACAAAGCUUUCGAAAUUCAUUUAGCCACUGAUCAUAUCCUUGAUGGACUUAUUUCAAAUAACAGAACAAAUGACUUUAGAAACACAGAGUUCUAAAGUGAACAAAAUCUAUACCCCAACACUAAAAAUUAAAAAAAAAAAAAAAAAAAAAAAAGCGUAUAUAAUCAAAAUCCCAAACCCAACCAUGUACAUAUUUAAAAUAAUUAAUUUUUAGAAAAUAUUAAUUAUAUAAUCUUUGUAAAUAACAAUUCUCAAAUAUCAGUAUUUAUAAGAAUCAUACCUAUUUAUACAAUAUAUAUAUCAUCAUAUUAUUAUAAAUAAAUAAAUAAACCAAUAAUAAUAAUAUUAAAGAAAAUAAAUAAAUUGUUUUUAAUUUUAUAUUUAG